GUAAUAUCUCAGCAGCCUUCAGGAGUAAUCGAUCCGCUGCAACCUGUGCGCAUAGCAGGCAAUGGACCGGUAUUCAGGCGAAGGCGGUGUUUUGGCUGUACAGUGACGUUUUAAGGCAGGUCUUGGUCAAACCUACCAAUGAUACAAGUCGGUUCUAUUCUGCUGGGACUGAUCGCAAUGAACGGGUGCCGGAGCUCUGCACGGCAAAGGAGCAACCACAGCGAGACGAGUCGAUCAAGGGGAUGCGGCAUCGGUACGCGGGAGCUGUCCAUCAGCACCAAACCCCCGACGAAAAGCAAGCGAGCAGCAAGCAGAGCCCAGACCCAGUCGCUCCUGUUUUCAGCCUGCCGCCCCCGCCCUCUUCUCACCACCGAGACCGCACUUCGAGCACCGCCGCGCACCGCCAGAGCCUCCAGGAGCUUCCCUGUCUGAGCCAGCCCUACCGGAGACCUGUUCACAGCGGCGACCCUUUACCUCUGGCGAGCUACGACACCGCCCAGCAACCUGCACACCGAGGCACUGAACCCAGCACCGGGCAGCAGGAUCCCUGGGCCCCGGCCGGCUCUCAGCAGCAGCCGCCGCAGUCGGAGAACCAGCCUGUUUUUCCAAGCUGCCACUGCAGUUUUUCCGAGCAGGAGGCGAGCCUUUCUCAAAACCAUCACUAUCCUGCCGAUCCUCUCCCACCGCAGCCCUCCCCACCUUUUCCGCCGCCUAUACCGCCGCCACCAACGUCGUCUUCCUCCUCUCUGCUUUUUUCCCAGGGAUCUAAGAGGGGGGAUCGGCUGCGAAGGAGUGCCAAUAAUUACCAACAGGCAAGCAUCGUGGAACGCUGCAGGGGAGGAGGAGGAGCAGGAGGGCACCGAGACCAAAGGCAGCUGUUGCAGCAGCAGCAGCAGCAGCAGCAGCAGCAGCAGCAGCAGCAGCAGCACAGUCAUUUAAGACUCCAACAGAGGGACCCCUCCCCUGAAGGAACCCGUGCAAACUCGCAGAAAGGGCGCUCUUUAAAUGUAUGUGAGUCAACCGAGGCUAACAGGAGAGCAUUUGAGUCUCAGACUCAGGACCUGCAGCAGCAACAGAUCCCACAAUUACGAGCGCAGCAACAGCUACUGGUGGGGAGCAGCUUGCCGAUCAACUACUGCGCCAGCGGCUCAGGAGAGCUAUGUAGGACUCAGCAGGCUCCACUGCUGCAACAGCAAGGCGCACCGGGGCUCUGUCCCCAGCGUCCGCAGCACUGUGAACAAGAGCGCAAUAAGUCUGGGAGGAUCACCGCGCCAGGCGACUCCCGCGUAACCCCCCCGGCAACCCAGCAGGCGUACGCGGGGAACUCGUCUGCGACUGGCAGCAACAGCAGCAAAGACAGCCCCAACUACGGCUCGAGCUAUCACCUGUGGCCCGAGAGCCCGCAUAAAGGAGAGGAGAGGAUACGCAUCGACCUCCAUAAGGCCACUACUGAGCAGAAGAAGCUGAGCCAUGCUGGAUCCAAGCCCUCCCUCUCUGAGAGCAGUGGCCGACUCCCUCAGAUAGCCAUGAACACCUGCAAGUACAAUGGCGGAGUGGUGAGACCACUAGUGGGCAGCCUGGCGUCCUCGUCGCGCCGCAACCUCGCAGAGCUCGACUCGGAGACGCAGCCCUUGCAGACGCUGCACAGCUCUGGCCUGGAGGUGGUGGUGUCGAAGGGCAACGGCGGCGAAGACCCCAGCAAGGCGUCCAAUGAGAGCUUGGUCAGGGAGGGCAGCGGGCACAGCGGAGGCAGGGCGCCGCAGAAGAAGAACAGGGACAUUGGCUACAGGCUCGGCCACCGGCGGGCGCUGUUUGAGAAGCGGAAGCGGCUCAGCGACUACGCACUCAUCUUCGGGAUGUUUGGGAUUGUUGUCAUGGUGACAGAGACGGAACUGUCAUGGGGGGUUUACACUAAGGAAUCUUCAUACUCAUUUGCACUGAAAUGCCUUAUCAGCCUUUCCACUGUUAUAUUGCUUGGUCUUAUAAUAAUGUACCAUGCCAGGGAAAUCCAGCUGUUUAUGGUCGACAAUGGUGCGGACGAUUGGAGGAUAGCCAUGACGUAUGAGCGGAUCUUCUUUAUCGUGCUGGAGCUGCUGGUGUGUGCUAUCCAUCCCAUCCCGGGCCAGUACGUCUUCACCUGGACGGCGCGGCUGGCCUUCACCUACACACCGUCGGUGGCCGAUGCUGACGUGGACAUUAUCCUCUCCAUUCCCAUGUUCCUGAGACUCUACCUGAUAGGCAGAGUCAUGUUACUCCACAGCAAGCUGUUCACAGACGCUUCGUCUCGCAGCAUCGGCGCCCUCAACAAGAUCAACUUCAACACACGCUUUGUCAUGAAGACCCUCAUGACCAUCUGUCCAGGAACUGUUCUGCUGGUGUUCAGUAUAUCAUCCUGGAUCAUUGCUGCAUGGACUGUGCGUGUCUGUGAGAGGUAUCAUGACAAACAGGAAGUGACCAGUAACUUCCUGGGAGCUAUGUGGCUAAUUUCGAUUACCUUCCUCUCCAUUGGCUACGGGGACAUGGUACCACACACAUACUGUGGGAAAGGUGUGUGUCUGCUUACAGGGAUUAUGGGAGCUGGUUGCACUGCACUGGUGGUUGCAGUGGUAGCCAGGAAGCUGGAGCUGACCAAGGCUGAGAAACAUGUCCACAAUUUCAUGAUGGACACACAACUCUGCAAACGAGUAAAGAACACAGCUGCCAAUGUACUCAGGGAAACAUGGCUCAUCUACAAACACACUAAGUUGGUCAAGAAGAUCGAUCACGCCAAGGUGCGGAAACACCAGCGCAAGUUUCUCCAAGCCAUUCACCAAGCUCAGAAUGUAAAGAUGGAGCAGAGGAAACUCAAUGAUCAGGCCAACACCUUGGUGGACCUGGCUAAGACCCAGAAUGUGAUGUAUGACCUGGUGUCAGAGCUGCAGGAGCGCAGCGAGGAGUUGGACAAGCGCAUCGGCACAUUGGAGGACAAGCUGGACUUGGUGACGGGCAGCCUGCAGGCGCUGCCCUGCCUCAUCUCCCAAGCCAUAACCCAGCAGCAGCAGGACUUCCUGGACGGCUUUGUUCACCGCUUUCGACCCGCCUCACUAGCCUCCGAGCGCUCUGAACGUUCUGAGCGAUCCUGGACUUCCACCGCCCGUAGGCGGCGCUCUCCCUCCACAGCCCCACACACCUCCUCCGAUAGCGGAUAACGUUGACAGACCUUCUGCAAUCGCCUUCAAGCGCCACCUUUCCACAAACCCACUUGUCGCCUCGUUCUGUCCUAUCCAAAGCUGCCCCCUCUAUCCGCUGGCGAGUCCAUGUCUGGACUAAUAAUGAACCCAUAUCCUGACCCCCUGACCCGAUCCUUGCCCUUCUUCUCUCCCUCCCUGCCACCCAUCCCCCUCUCCCGUUGCUCCCCACCCAACACCAAAUCCAAAAACCAAUUCCUCUGUGACUGAGAGUCUCAGCACAGGACUGGAUCAGAGCUACUCCAAAAGAACAAAGCAAAAGCAAACAAAGACUCAAAUCAAGACAAAAACAAAUGCAUCCAAAAAAAAGUAAAAGAGAAAAACAUUUAAAAUGACUGAAAAACCGAGAUAAAGUAGAGAUAUGGUUUAUGUUUUAGCCAUUGUAUGGCUGUUCAAGUUAGCUUUUUUGUAAAAGCCCUUGUAUAGUUAAAAAAUGACUGAGUUCAGGGUCGCUGGGGUGAGAGCUGGCUAUCACACCGGAGAGUCCUUAACCACGAGGGGGGAAGUUGGUCUGUGGAGCUGAGGGUCUCGCUCAACUGAUGGCCCUUCCGAGGCCAUGGAGGACAUUUGUCCACCCAUCCGUCCGUCUAUCUGUUUGUCCGGUGAGGAGAGCGGGACAAACCAUUGGAUUUCCCUUUCAAAAGACUAGUGUCAUGGAUUCUUUCCCGUAGGUUAAGCUGAAAGCUUUAGACAAGGCUUCAAAAGCUCUGACUCCUGGUCAGUGUUUAAAAAUGCACUUAAGGGGGAGGGGAAACUGUCACUCAUGAGAAGAGCAAAGGGAAUGCAUUACUACUGGGUAGGAAAAAUUUACACAGUUGCCAACUUCAAGGUUUCAGCUUCCUUGUUCUUACCAAGGGAAAAUGAGAGCGACUAUCUUUUUUAGUUACAUAUUGACAUGUGAUUUUUCAGUGCCUGAAUGUAUAAAUAGUAGAGGGUUAUUUAAUUACUAAUUUCAGAGCUUUUUUACGAUGUUAACAGUCUGAAUACAGCAUUGCAUUCCUUUUUCAGAUACAUUCCUCUCCAAAAAUUUAAAGAAAAUGUCUUAAUGUAAUGCAUAACAUUGCCUCCAUUACACAGCAACUCUAAAUGUUUUGAAAACCUUUUUUUUUUUCCUUUCUAUUUCUACUAACACAGCGAGAAAUGAAAAAGUUCAGAGUAAGCGAAAGUGAGACGGACUGAGAGAAUAUUUGUGUGUGUGUUUGUCGGAGAACGAGUUCACUUUUAGCUCAAUGCUGCACGCAUCAUACACACAACAGUGAAACAUGUCGUAGUCUACCUUUCUCAGCACCACUAAUUAGAGCUUCCUGUGGUCCUCAGAUGAUGGCACGGCCCGAGGUCUCACACACGUCACUGGUCAAACUGAGAAACAAACUCUGCCCCUACGCAUGGUUCAGUGCAAAAAUGACAAUAGAACACAAUCUUCCUUGGAUAACUUGAUUUUACACGAUUUACAUGAUUUUGAUUUUAUUAUGUUUACUUUGGUUUGGUUGUUUUUUUUCUUAAAAAACGUAGGGUUUUUAAGAAUUGCAGAAGCUAGAGAUUUUCAGUAAUAGGAACCUGCAAUGCAUUCCCUGUUUAAAAUAUGAGUUGAAGAAAAAUCGUAAUUACAGAAGAAAGGAUACAAAUAAAAGUAAUGAACAAACUUUGAGGAAUGGGUCCCUCUGCAAAUUUAAAAGUUUUUUGGGGAAUACAAUUAUUCAUUUUCUAGCCGAGUGUUUCGAUGAGACCAUUGAUACCACUCUUGUACGGUAAUGAUGAAGCUACUGCAGCUAGUUAGCUUAGCUUAGCUUAGUGUAAACACUGGAAACAUUGGGAACAGCUAGCAUAGUUCAGUCUAAAAUGAACACAUAUCUUGGUCGUUUAAUCCGUACAAAAACUGAAAUGUAAAUAGUGUAGUCACUUCCUGGAGUCUCCGCUGGUUGCCUGGCAAACUCAUAUUGACAACACAGCUCCAGGAAAUGGGUCAUAAGACCACAACUUGUCUUUUAUACACUUUGGGGUUUUGUACAGAUCAAACAAUUGUAAUAUAGCGUGUUAAUUAGUGAGCUGUGGAGAUGCUUGUAAGUGGAUUUUUAUUACCUACGCAUAUACAGCAGAACCAGGCUAGCUUUUUGCUAAGCUAAGCCAAUGGGCUGCUAGCGGUAGCUUAAUAUUUACCGUACAGACAUGAGAGCAACAAGCCCUCCAAACCACAUGACAACAUAGCUUGUUUGUGAAUAAUUUAUUCAUUAAUAUGACCCACAUGAGCGUUUCAUAAAUUAGCGCCCCUAGCAGUGGCAGGAAAUACGAUCCACAGGGAGUUUACUGUCCUCAUAUCUAAACUCGAAAACGUAUAUGCCAACGGUAAGUUUUAAACGUGUUGUUAACGUUGUGAAACAGUCACAGUUUGGUUAGGUUUCAGCACAAAAAAAAAUAUAUGUCACUUCACUUCAAGUCAUGUAGAACGUGACGUAGUUCCAUGAAGUUAAAGAAAAUAUUGCCAUUAACUUUCUGCCACAACCUUACAUGGAAUUUGGGGCAUUUAUACUUAUCUUACUUCCUGCUUUGCUCUUGCUAUAAUAACUACAACCACUCGGGGGCGCCAUGAAUAUGAGUCAUAAUUGCUGCUUGAACAAACGACUUAUGUGGGCGUUUUUUGGGGGAGGACAGUCUCCAGGAGAGUGGUAUCAAUCUCAUCAAACUCAAAGCAACAAAGGGAAUAAUCGUAUUUCUUAAAAUGUCAAACUAUUCAUUUAACAUUACAGUAUCAUGCCUCUGUUUUGUCUUUUUAAAAGACGUGCAACACAUUCACUACGAUGAAGAUGAAAUUUGUAAAAUGAUAAGGCAUGGUGUAUGAUGCAUCCUAGAGUUGUGAUGACUGUUCCCCAACCAAGUGGGUUAGCGGGUUAGCAUGCUGUCCUACAUAGUAGUUGAAUGGAAGAUAAUCCAAGUCUCAAAAGGACAUCCGUGCUAAGAAUCAUAUUUAUGGCCUCUUAAGCUAACAAACAAAUAGGAUCAUUAUUAUUUGCUGGAUCUUAAUUAUUUCCAAGCUGUUUUGGGCUGAAUCGGGGCAAAGUUGAAACCCUGUGAGACAGUGACAACUCCACUCUCCCACAGGCUCUGGACUGGCCCGAGAGCCCUUCAUUUAGGAACACAUUCAGUUUGCUACUACUGGAACUUAAUCAAGCAUGACUAUUAGCUUUUUUUUCCCUUUCAACUUGAGUUGAUGAAGCAUGACUCUUUACUGCCCCCACCUCCUGCCACUUACUCCUGCCACUCGUACAGUGCUACAUAGCACCAUUCCACUAGGAAGGGAUCUAUCACUACAGCCAUUCCAGUCUCUCUUUCAAUCAGUGUCGACCAAUCAUUCAGGGCGGCUAAUGGUAGUCUAUCUGCUUGAUUGCGACCUUACCUGCCUUUUAAUAUCUAAGGUUUCCACCUCUUUGUUACAUCGCAGGUUUAGCCUUGCGUUUGUCAUCUGUCAUCAUUAAGAACUUCAGUCCCCCACGCUCAAAUAGGCUUUCCACAUGGCCCGCAGCAAAGAGCUUUGAGUGGUUUGGAUGACAAAGAAAUAA